AUGCGUUCAUUGCGUCCGCGGCGGGAGGUGCAGUGCCAGCGGGUGCUUGCGUCCCCGCUCACCGCCCCGGCCAGCACUGCUCCAGCACCGCCCGGGCGCGGGGGAUCCGGGAAGGAGGAGGAAGGGGGAGGAGUCGCGAGUUUGCACCCCGUGCGACCCUUGCGCAAGGUGCUUUCCAGCGGUGUCUGGCUAGAGCAGGAGACCCGCGCGGAGGACGUAAACGCCACUGCGCCCCCAGCUCCCCUCGCCCCGGAGCUCACCCCUCUGCGGGGGCAGCCUCCAUUUCAGAGCGGGAACCCCGGAGGCACCGAAGAGGGGCGCGACCAGAAACAAACCCCGAGCCCCAGAACGCGGGUUACCUGCCGCCUUAGCGCGCCCCAGCGGGCCAAGCGCUCCCGCCGCGGCCCUCCGACGGCUCGGUGCGCAGCUGGUGGCCGGCUCUUCGGAGCGGGGCGCGCCGGGGAACCGAGGUCCGGCGGGGACAGCAGUGGGAGCCAGGGCGACAGCCCCAGAGCGUGGCGCGCGCUCCGGACGAAAGAGACCGCUCGCUUACGGGGGAAGCCUGAGCCCCCGCGCUGGGAAAUUCCGGCCCCCUCCCGUCUGCCCUCUGAGCGCCGGGCGGAGUGGAAGGCGGGGACUGGGGAGGAGCGGCCCGCCGCGCUGGGGGUGCGGAGCGCGGGAGGCGGGAAUUACCACACUGUCUGGAGGUUUCGGGGAGAAGAGCUGCCCCCACCCCGACUGCGGCCAGUGAGAGCCGCUGUGGCCCUGGUCGAAGGGCCUGGGACACCAGAUGAGUUUUACCCCGGACCUGGGGACCGGAAAACCUGGUGCGCUACUCCGGUAUCCCCGGCCCUGGCGCGGAGGGCCCGCCCUGCGGGGGCCAAGGAGGAUGAAGACACCCGGCCCCCGCCCCCGCCGGGCUGGGAAGCGCCUCCCCCGGCGCCCACCGGCCUGGACAGCAGCGCUCGGGGGGCAGUUGGCGUCUGUUCUCGGAACCGCGUCUGUUGA